AUGAAUGGGAACUGCAACAUAGUUUGUGUGCAUUGUGGAGCUGAAGCGUCGGAUUUGUAUCGAAAUUAUGGAAAGAAUGUCAUAAAAUUGUGUGAAUGUGUAUGUUCACGUCCACCUUUACGUCUUUUUUCAGUCAGAAUGUGGGAAGACAGUGGAUCCAUAUAUCGAAUAUGACCGUGUAUUAAUAUUCAUCGACUUACUUCUACAGUAUACAGCCGCCUACCGUCAUCUCUUUGUCAAUCAAGUGUAUAGGGUAACUGUUUGCAGUCAUCUGUAGUAACUGUCGCUUUCCAGCAAAUAAAUUGGGAUGUUUUUUAGUCAUUCUGGCGUCUAGCUUGUAUAUUUGUUAUUUGCGAGGCUUAUCGAAAAUGGGCGAUCAGAAUGGAGACUUACAAUAAAAGUGUAACCGAGGGAUUUAUCAAUUUGGAAUGGAAGUUCUAUGAAUGCCUGGUGGAGAGUUCAGUGGAGACAGCAGUUUUUGCUCUUUCAACUCUUGGUCUUUCACUCAUCUUCAAUCUGGGGACCCGGCUUCCUCCAAGCUCUGUUUUUUGGAUAACUUGUUGUGGCUUUUACGGUGAGCGUUUUGACCAAGCAAAAGGCCUUUUUUUAGAGGUCAGAUUUGUAAUGAAGGCAAAAUUUUUUACUCUAACCAAUUUAUUAAUGUCUUUCCUGAAAUAGCUAAAGUAAUUUCAGGAAAGAUAUUUGUGUUAUUUUCCGUAAUUUGGAACUUGCAUCACAAAUAUGAAUACCUCGGAUUGAUUGAAUUAUUUAUUCUCAUUUCAAAUUACCAAACUCAAAACUGUAAGUGUAUUGACAACUCAUCAAAUAACUUGUAGUGAUGUAUUCGAAGUCACCAAAACUAAAUAUUUUGGUGGUCCUUCUCAGCUGGACACUCUCCUACGGAGCCGGCCUUUACUGUCAUAGAAUUUUUGAUUUUACUGUCUACUUCUAA